CACCCGUUAUGCAUGCAGCGUAAUACGAGUAGAAGUUUUAUAAAUUUUGCUGAGUAAAGCGUAAAAUAAUAAAUAUCUAAGACAUAUUCUCAUAAUUUGUGUGCAUUUUUUCUUUGGUGCAAACUUAAAGUGAACGUUUAAUAACUAGUGUCGCAAGCGAAAAGCAUUCAACAAUGCGCUUAGACUUUUUUUACUUUAAAUUACUAUAUCUCUGUACCAUAGUUUUGGUCGUUUUAACUGAAUGCCGUUCAUUCGAUUUACGAUCUACAGCAAAAACUAUUUACAAAAAAAUCUUAAGCCGGCGUAGUUUACCCUUUGAAGAUUGUGGAUCUACUUAUGAUGUGCUAUAUGUUAAUAUAUCAAGCUGUUCUUCGAUCCCUUGUCAAAUGGCUCGCAAUUCAACGGUAACGGUAAAUGUGAUUUUUGAUGAUAACGGGGACAAUAUUUCUCUUCUAAUACAUUGUGUACGCUGGAUCUUCAAUGCUAUUAAAACGAAGGCUGUCAUUACUCCAGAUCUUUGCGACGAUAACCAACAUUGCUUAAUUGACGAGACCGAUGGAAAAUCCUACGAUGCCCAAGUUUAUGUCAACAACACUCUUCCGAAUAUACGCGGCACAAUGAUGUGGGAAGCUGUGAACCAGAACAAUGUGGAAGUUAUUUGUUUCAAAAUUCCAAUUAUUAUAAUUGAUCUAUAAAAGUGAAUUUUAUGUUAUUACAAAUAUAUAAAUUUAUACAUACGAUUGCUUCACCUU